UAAACACCACUCACUACCCUCUUCCUAUUCCGCCCAUAAUGUCCUCCCUCGCCCUCAACACCUUCGCCCGCCUCCGCCACCCCCCCACCGCCGCCAACCACCGAACCACGGCGGAGACCCACCACACCAUCUCUCUCCCCAAACCCAUCUCAACCCGCAAGAGAUUCAUCGUGAGGGCGGGAAAAUUCAGCCCGAAAGUGAUGACCGGCCGGAACCUCCGCGUCGCCGUAGUGGGCGGCGGCCCGGCCGGCGCGUCUGCCGCGGAGACCCUGGCCAGGGGCGGCAUCGAGACCGUCUUGAUCGAGCGCAAGAUGGACAACUGCAAGCCGUGCGGCGGGGCCAUACCGUUGUGCAUGGUGGGCGAGUUUGACUUGCCACUGGACAUCAUAGACCGAAGGGUCACCAGGUUGAAAAUGAUUUCGCCGUCCAACGUGGCGGUCGACAUCGGGCAGACGUUGAAGCCCGACGAGUACAUUGGAAUGGUCCGCCGUGAGGUCCUCGACGCCUACCUCCGCGACCGUGCCGCCACGGCCGGCGCCAACGUUAUCAACGGCCUGUUUUUGAAGAUGGAUGUGCCGAAGGAAACCGGGCCGGGUUUGGAUGCGCCUUAUGUGCUUCAUUACACGGGGUACCACGCGAAGACCGGCGGGGCGGGAGAGCGGCGGACGUUGGAGGUCGAUGCCGUGAUUGGCGCCGACGGGGCGAAUUCUCGCGUGGCAAAGUCGAUCGGGGCGGGGGAUUUCGAGUACGCGAUCGCGUUUCAGGAGAGGGUUAAGAUACCGAGCAAGAAGAUGGAGUACUACGAGAAUAUGGCAGAGAUAUACGUGGGCGAUGAUGUGUCGCCGGAUUUCUACGGUUGGGUUUUUCCGAAGUCGGACCACGUGGCGGUGGGGACGGGGACUGUUGCUCAUAAAGAGGAUAUUAAGAAGCUUCAGUUUGCUACUAGGCGUAGGGCGAGGGAUAAGAUUCUUGGUGGGAAGAUUAUUAGAGUUGAAGCUCAUCCGAUCCCGGAGCACCCCCGUCCGCGGCGGAUCUCCGGUAGAGUUGCACUCGUCGGUGAUGCUGCUGGGUACGUCACAAAGUGCUCUGGCGAGGGGAUAUACUUCGCAGCCAAGAGCGGGCGGAUGUGUGCAGAGGCAAUCGUGGCAGGCUCGGAGCACGGGAAGAGGAUGGUGGAGGAAGGAGACCUGAGAAAGUACUUGGAAAAAUGGGACAUGACCUACUGGCCGACGUACAAGGUGUUGGACGUGCUUCAGAAGGUCUUUUACCGGUCGAACCCGGCACGCGAGGCGUUCGUGGAGAUGUGCGCGGACGAGUACGUGCAGAAGAGGACAUUCGAUAGUUAUUUGUAUAAGAAGGUGGUGCCGGGGAACCCGUUGGACGAUUUGAAGUUGGCUGUGAAUACUAUUGGGAGCUUGGUUAGGGCUCAUGCUCUGGGCAGAGAGAUGGAGAAGAUCAGCGUAUGAACGAGAAUAUAAGGGUGUUUGUUGUUGUGAUCUCUGUUGUUGUUUCAAUAUUGGUUGCGAAAUCGGGAAUUGAUAAUGCCAAAACCCUUUUUGUUCAUGCCAAAAUUCAUUCA